UAGAAGAAAGUGCUGAUGCACUACACAUGCUCAGUGUGCUCUCUGCUGUCUCAUGCAGCUGCCGGCUGCAGUCUGUUCUGCUCGUGGCUCGCUAUCAUGCUGCCUUGCCCCUCCACACCAGCUAUCACGGAAGAACUGGUGGAGGAAGAACAGAAUAAACAGGGAAAAUGAAGGUGGAGUGUAAGCGACUUGCUCGUGAACGAGAUGAGGCUGAGAGGCAGCUGAAACAGAUCAAGCGAGUUUCACAGAUGGUUAUAGAAGAAGUUAACGCUCUGCACACACAACUAGAGAUUGAAAAAUCGUGUCGAGAGAAUGCAGAAGUCUUAGCCACCAAGCUUAGUCAUGAAAACAAGAAGCUGAAGUACCUGAGCCUAACAUCACGGGUGUGCCUUGAUGACCUUUUGCCCAGUAUUUCAGAUUGUGGUGCUGCAGAGGAGGAGCCACAGGACACCAGCCCUGACCCCUACAUUCAGUAUCAGCAGCAGGUCAAAGAUCUGCAGGAGACUGUAACACAGCUGCUGGAGGAAAAGAAACAGCUUGCUGGUCAAGUACAGGAACUGCAGAGCAAUAUUGAGGAACUAACCACCAGACUGGAGAAAGAACAAGCUGAGAUGGAAGAGCUACAGAAUGUGCUGGAUAAACAAACAAAAACAAUCAAAAGUUUCAACAGGGUGUCCACUUUGGCUACCCAGGAGUAUGAGGAGCUUAGGCAACAGCUGGAUCUGGAACAGAGCCUGAGGCAGGAGGCGGAAUCCUUUGCUCAUGAGAUGCUGAUUAAGCAGAAGGAGGUGAAUCGGCAGAGCGCAAUCCUACUGCAGCAGGUAGAUCCCAGCAUGCAGCUGCUCAAAGCACUGGAGGAGGUGGCCACCAUCACCAAGACCUUGGAGGAGGAGCGGCUUCAGCAUCAAUUAAAGAUUCAAGAGCUGGAAUCCCAUCUAAAUGACUCAGCGCUGCAGAAGGAACUGGGUAUGCUGCAGAAACAGCUGGAGAUGGUUGAGGAGGAGAGACGGGAGACAGAACAACGAGCACAAGAUAUGGAACGGAGGAACCAUGAGCUGGAGGACGAAGUGAAAGAAUUAAAGGAGAAAUUGAAGUUCCAAGUGACUGAAUCAGCUCCAGCCACGGCCUCUCCUCCACCUCCCCCACCAACCCCACCCCCACCUCCUCCUCCCCCACCUCCUCCUCCCCCACCCCCUCCUCUUCCAGCCACACGUUGCAACCCAAUAAGUUCCCUCAUUGCUAUUGUGCGGCGAUCAUCCAAGAACUCCAAGACACAGCCAAAACCUGAACCUAGCAACAACCAGACAGGUAUUGAUGAUGUGAAAGUGAAAGCAGUGAAUGAAAUGAUGGAAAGGAUAAGGCAUGGUGUCAUGCUACGACCUGUGACGCAUGUCUCAAAGAGGAAGGUUAGCCACAAGCCGCCACCAGUGGAUGAGAAGACACAGGAGAGCGCCAUGGAUGAGCUGAAGGGGAUCUUGGACUCAAUGAAGAAGAGCCCAAGUCGAGGGUUUCCAGAUGCAGGUCACAACAAGACAGAGAAUGAGCUGGAGGUUGUUCUGAGGCGGAGACGGAAGCAAGCUUCGGAUUACAGUCCAAGAGACGGAAAUGACACAGAUGCCAGUGAUUCUGCCUCUUCCAAAUCCCUCAGCCUGAAGGACAGCGAUGAAAGAAAAAGUGAUAACCUGGAGCCCAGCCCUGUGCUCCAGGCUCCAGCAACUGAAGACCAGGAAAGCAGCACCUCUGGAAGCUCUGAAGAAAUGAAGCAGAAAUGGUUAACUAAACAAGAAAACAUUCAACCCCAGGGUAUUCUUAUAACCAUAAACAGCCAGUCAGAAUCACCUGACCAAAGAACCACUCCCGCUCAGGGCCAGAACAAAUCCGAAAGUCAAAGCACAGUUCAGGAAAGCAUUGAUGCAGAUUGUUAAUGGCAGCAAGGAGGUGUUGUUGUCAAGGAGCUUGCAGUUAUUGUUGAAAAUGAUAACCUGUCCAUCUCACCAGAACGCCUUUAGCACUGAUGUGCAGGUUCAAAUGAAAUGGCUGACAUGCAUGACCUGGUGAGGUAGCUUCCUGAGAACAUUCAGGCUUAGUCACAAGUUCAGCAGGAGGGUAGUUAUAAAGUCAAUUAAAUAUAAUUCCUCUUCUCUCCACAAUGAUGUUUAUUUUCUUUACAGUAAGUGGGUAGAAAGUCAAAGGCUGGAAGGUGCAGAAAAGGAAUUUCUAAGAUACAUUCCUAAUGCCUUCUAUGGCUGAUUGCAGAUACACUUGACAUCACUGCCUCUGUUGAGAGAAGUUUUAUAGAUGUUUUAAAAUUCAAAUAUAAAGUCCACAGUAAACACAUCUGGCUGUUGCCUUGAGAGCCUCAUUUUAUUUUUCAUUUUAUUAGUUUAAUCACCUCCUCAAAAAGAUUUAGGCAUCAACAUUAGUCACAACUAAUUACAAAUUCAACCAAGACCACCAUUAGGAAUUCAUUCAAAUGUAAUCCUCAGAAUCCCUGGGGAUUAAUUAUGCCAAUUUCCAUCUCUUCCUGUUGCCUUUUAACCAUAACCAAGAGCUGAUCGAGGACAGGGUUUUUAUAAUACAAAAGGUGUAUAACUUGUGGUCUCCUGAAUUCUGCUGAGCUAAGCCAAACAGGAGCUCCCUCUCCCUUCCUUGAAUGUAUAGUCCAGCAUUACAGAACCAUCCUUUCAUUACUGGCCAAAAACAACAGCCAUAUCAUUCCAAAUGCACACUGUUAGGCAGGGUAGUAUCUAGAAUUGAUAAUCAAUCAAAUAAUAUUAGUUGAAUUCCCCCGUUAUAUCAUUCCUGUAAAACUUGAUCCUCCGGAUCGUAGCACUGAACCAAAAUCGAGUACUUGCUGUGUACAUUCUGUUGUAAGUCUCUCAUGCACAUGGAAGAGGAGUGCCAUGAAGGAGACGCACUGUUCUCUCGUACCUCAGCUCAGUGCUGCUUCGUAAUGACUUCUCAGCAAAAUACACAUGGUUGCUGUUGCACAUCUUAUGGUACCAUGAUAGCACAUCUAGUUUCUCCGUAGAUUUAAUGUGACAACUUAAUGUGAUUUUGAUGAGCACAACUUCAUGAAAGUGGGAAGAACAAAGAAACAGGGCAGCUGGAGCAAAUAGAAAUUGAACUGGGUCUUACUUCAGGUGUCUGGGUUGUUCAAGUCACAGGCCAUUCCCUAGUUGAGAGGCAUAAUAACAAUCAACGAAAGAAAAUCUCCAUUAGUUGUAGCUUUAUGACCUGUGACUGAUGCUAGAAUGGUAAAGGCUGCUGCUAUACUAGAGUUACACCUAUAUUCAAGCCAGAAAGAAUAAAUGCAUAUCUUCACACUGAUCAAACCCACCAGGGAAUGUAAGGUAACAUGGUUUGAGGCUACAUACUGAUGCAGAGACAGAUUUUCAACCAGCUGCCUGGCGGCUAAGAGGAAUUACAGAAACUGGCCAAUUUCCAACAGUGUCGAAAAUCUGUUCCAGUUCUGCAGUAAUAAGGAUAUUGCAUGUGAAAGUAUUUUUAAAAAAGUAAGUUGCUUAACUAAGUAUGUUUAACAGGAAAUGUUGCACGGAAGCACAAUUCUAGUUACUCCACUUUAUGGUAACAAGCUUAAUUGAAAAGUUACAACUGGAAAAGUUUAAUUCUACAAGCAAAACAAAGGAGAUAAACUGGUCGCUGAAACAAUGUGCUGGCUCACAGCAAGUCUGAUGUGAAGGCAAGCGGUCAAAGCAACAUCAUAAUUAUCUAAUCAAUUUAUAAUGGGGUUAUGGUUGAUGUUAGGAGGUCACUGCACAUCUCAUCUUGACAACAGGUCAUGCAGGUUUGUUGAACAAUUAUAACAUUCCAUACAUACUUCCUGCUUCUCAAGUCCCUGGUCACCAAUGUCAUUACUGAGCUGCCCAUGUACUUACAUGCCUUUUGACUUUCCCUCCCUUCCUGCGGAUGAGCUAUAAAUUCAUUCACACAACUUCAAAAGUAAUCAAUGCCGUGGUGUCAAGUUUGGGCAAGCAGAGACCAGAGCAAUUUUGUGCACAUUUCUUGGUGCCUUAGCACCUGUUGGGAAAAAAUAUCCUGUCGAUUUUAGACAGAUAGUCAUUCCCCUUACACUUUUAACCAGUAUGAAACUACCCCAAGUGAUGCCAAGAUUAGUGCAGUUCACAAAAUUUGUCCACUGUGAGAUUUUCAGCCUCUCUAGUCUGAAGAAAACAGUUCUUCUCACAGAACAACCAGUUUUUACUCACACAUUUCUCCUGAAACUGUGCUAUUUAAAGAGCCACCGCUCAAACUACAUCCCUUGCCCUCACUGAGAUCUCUGCCCUCUUGCAACUUCAAAUGUAGCCCCACACAAGACCCUCUCGUGGUCACUCUCAGUUUCUUCGUCUCAGGACUACUCCAGGCAGCUGCUGCUGCAAUUGCUCUCUGCCAUACCCCAUGGUUUGCUGCUCAUUGCUGUGUUAGGGAGGUCACGCAAACUCCAUAUUUAAGGAUAGGAGACUACAUCCACUUUUCCCUCAGCCCAUAGGAGCAAGUACAGGCAUUUGACUACAAUGGAGGCUUUGCCAAAGUUCAUAUAUCCUUACAGAGGCCUGGCUGGGCUGGAGCCCUGGAGGUUUUCUGUGACUUCGUGCACAGAGAACAUGCCUCCUUGAACAUUGUUCUGACCCCCUGAGCACAAUUUCUCACUACCAAACCCCUCCCACCCCUACCCAUUAUAGCAGCAUUAUUUCAUUCUGUGGCCGCACCUUACAAUGAAUUGUAGAGCGUUACUUGCACUGUGCUUUGUUCCGUUAAAGGCUGACUACUGAGAUCACAAUUGAGCUAUGUGUUGAGAACUUCCAAUACAUUGAUAGGAAAAGGCGGACUGAAACUGGCUAUGCCAGGUUGUGGAAACCCAACAAUGCUGUUCUGGGAAUCCACACAGUUGAAGCUCUAGCUGUUUAUAUGAAUUUCUCAAACAACAUUAGGGUGAACCACAACACUGUUUUAACACCAAAAAACAAAGCAGACCAUUUUUAGGAACUGGAGUCAGGCAUCACCACAGGGUACUCGCACACCAAAUAAUAUCACACCAAGGAAAGGUAUUCUUUUGGAAAUAUGAUAAUUAAGGAUUUUUUCUAGAAUUAAUAUCACAUGGAAUAUAUUUUUCAGGCAAUCUCUCAUGGAAUACAGAUUUCCUAACUGUGAAAUGUCAAAGUUACAGAAAAUCACAUUUAUAAUUUUCUGCGAGAUAGUCCUAGUGCAUUGCUGUCUUCCAACUCACUCCCUUCAAUUCUCAUUUUGACUUUGGUGCUUUAUCAAGUGUCACAGGAAUUUCCAUGCCUUUGAAGCAAUUACAUGAGUGGCUUGAAAAAGAUUGUUUUAAUUGCUAUCGGGUGCAAGAUUAUCUAUUCUCAUUCUGUGAACUGCUCUCAGAGGUGAAGCAGUGAGUGCAAGCAGCACUCCCCCAGCCCCCCACUUGUGAAACCAUGCACUUAGGAAGUACACAGGGCGAUUUAUUUCCUGUAAGGAACAGUCUGUCAUCUAUCUGCAAAUCGCCAUGUGGCAGCUACAGUCAGAAACUCAUGGUAUCGCCAUAGUGAUUGUUCAAAAGCCCUGUUCUCUGGCAGCAACUCUAUAGGGAAUGUCACAAGGUCAUUUGAAAAGGCUACAAAGCCUACUGGUUUUUGGAAGAUAAACUGUCACUCACAAAAAAAAUGUUUGUCUGCAAAUCCAAAUCUUUGACUUUCUCAUAUAGGUGCUAUUAUGGUUACUAUUUCAGCUCAAUGCAAGGUGUUGAUUUGAUUGAAAGUUUUCUGCUGAGUUUUCA